CUCCGCAACACCAGCCGAGCAUCGACACCACACACCACCACAGUCACAGUAUAGGCACAACAGUCUCGGGCACUCUCGCAGCCAUGGGAGUUCCCAUCGAAUCUUUACUGCCCUAUGCCAUUAUGAUGGGCAUGUUCGCAUUCAGUGCCGGCGCCGUGGGACAACUCAAACACAUGCAGAAUGGAGGCAAGGCCGCACGGCGUGGACUUGAUGCAUGGGACAGAGUAAUGAUGGAGCGCGAUAGAAGAUUAACAGGUUUCGCGAGAGGGCAGACGGACAAGCCACAGGCGCCGCCUGGGUUCGAGUUGAACAAUCCGUGGAGGGUCGAGGGCCGCUUCUUCUAAGCCAAUGGCACGCCAAAGCAGAUUACCUUCCAUACCUGAUAGC